AUGUUCCGUGAUUGGGAACUGCGGCCCGCUGAUUUGCUUCAACCUCGUCUCCCCUGUACUAUUGCGACGGCAACAUCCAACUCCGCCUCCAUUUACUCCGGCCGUUGUGGUGUUGAAUUAACCAGUCCACCCAUCCGCCUUCUUGAUCCUUUUCCUCGGAUCUAUCUCCGCCCUCGAAUUACAACCACAACCCCGCGCCCAACCGCGAUCAUGGUUCACAAAGUACUCUUCUGGAGCGGCUUCGGCAUUGCCGUCCGCCUCUGGCAACUCGGUAUCGAGAUGCGUCCGAUCCUCGCCAAGGAAUCCCUCUGGGUCUACCCUCUUUUCGCCGGUGUUGGUGGAAGCUUUGGCUACUGGCUCCAGGGUGUUGAGAGCAGACAAUUGAAGAUGCUUGCACAGCGCCGCGAGGCCAUUCUUGAGAAGCGUCGGCGGCGGGAUGAAAAGCCCGAGGGUGGUGUCCUGGCUGCUGCAUCAUAA